AUUGAUUGCUAAAAUAAACUUUGAUGGUGUAAACCGUUAAUUGAAAAAUGAGCCUAAGUUUAAUAGAGUCUCUGUACCAAUUCCGCCCACGAGAAAUAAUAUUGGUGGCCCCUUCUCCCUUGCUUCACCAUCCCCUUUACACAAUGACCAAGUCUGGGUUCUUUUCCCCCAACUCUAUUCUCUCUCCUCUCCUCUCCUAUAUCUUCCAAUCCAACCAAGCCAACUUCUCUAACCUCCUUAACUUCCCAAACAACCCCAUCAACUCCACAAUUCCCACUUCAUGAGGUCGAAUAACAGACACUUCUUCUAAACUUAAACAUUAUUUUAAAUAAAGUAUCCAUCAAUAUUCUCCAAUUUUUCAGAACAAUCCAGAAUCAAACCAAUGGAAACAGAGAAAAUUCCGACGGGUUUCACCUACUUAGGCCGUAAUUUCAGCGACCUUAACAUAAACGAUAACUCUUCCUCCGCCUUUAGCGACUGCAAUAGCGACAGGUCCGGCGAAUUCUCGUCAGCGACAUCCGAAAGCCGUCGCAAACUCUGGCUUUCCUGCGCUAGUGCCGCCGAUGAUUUCUCCGAUGAAAUAAUUCCUCAUUUAGUUUCCGAAUUGGAAUCUUCUUCAGUCGAUGAUCAGAAGCAAGCUGCGAUGGAAAUCCGUCUUUUAGCUAAAAAUAAGCCUGAAAAUCGCCUUAAAAUUGCCAGAGCUGGUGCCAUCAAACCGCUAAUUUCUCUCCUGAAUUCCUCCGACCUUCAGCUUCAAGAAUACGGCGUAACAGCAAUUUUGAAUCUAUCUCUUUGUGACGAGAAUAAAGAUCAUAUAACGUCAUCCGGUGCAAUCAAACCGUUGGUUCGAGCUCUAAAGAUUGGGACAUCAACGGCUAGAGAGAACGCUGCGUGUGCGCUUCUUCGGCUAUCACAGGUCGACGAGAACAAGUCAUUGAUCGGACGGUCAGGGGCAAUUCCAGCUUUAGUAGAUCUAUUAGAAAAUGGUGGAAUUAGAGCUAAAAAGGAUGCAUCAACUGCACUUUACUCUUUAUGUUCUGUAAAAGAAAACAAGAUCAGGGCCGUUGAAGCGGGGAUCAUGAAGCCGUUGAUUGAAUUGAUGGCGGAUUUCGGGUCUCAUAUGGUGGAUAAAUCGGCGUUUGUGUUGAGCUUAUUGGUGUCGUUGCCGGAGGCGAGGUCAGCGUUGGUAGAUGAGGAGGGGAUUCCGGUAUUGGUAGAGAUAGUUGAGGUUGGGUCUCAUAGACAAAAGGAGAUUGCGGCCGCGAUUUUGCUGCAAUUAUGUGAAGACAGUGUUGUGUAUAGGACUAUGGUGGCGCGUGAAGGUGCUAUUCCGCCUUUGGUUGCCUUGUCUCAGUCGGGUACUAGCCGGGCCAAGAGGAAGGCGGAGACAUUGAUUGAGCUUCUACGGCAACCAAGAUCCGGCAACGCCGCUGCCAGAGACAUUUGAUUGUGUCAAUCCAUUCUGUCCCACAUGCCCUGCGUCUCCCUUACCCACCUUUUAUAUUCUCCUCCUUUACUACUAUAUUUCUCUCCUCUCCUCUCCGCCCCCCUUUUUAAACGUGUUCUUGACAGAGAGUGUGUGUGCGUGUAUGUGUGUGUCUACCCGAAGUCAUGAAUAGGGGCUUAACCUCCUUAACCGAGGGGUCCUUUCUAAUCAGGGGAUGGGAACUCGUCGAAAAGGAGUCUAGCUAGGGUUUGUGCUCAAAUGCGUGUAUAUACGCUUGUAAAAGUUGUUUUGGACCGUGGAAGUAUUAUUAUAUAAUCAAUAGCUUGUCAGUUAGAAGGGGCGAGAUUAGAAAAAGAGAAAAGAAAAAGAAAACUAUAGAAGAAAGAAAGAUUAAUCGGAAAAAAAUAAAUAAAAAAUAAAAAAAAUUACAGUGUAAAUAGUUUGUUUUCAGGUUUGUAAAGAGAAACAAAUGAGCAAAGAAAUUAUGAGAGAUGUUGGGGUCUCCUUUUCUUUAAUUUGAUUUGGGUUUAUUAAUGUUUCCUAUCGUGGGAAACAUUUUUGUGUUUUUUAAA